CACACACACACACACACACACACGCUCAGAGGCCCCUCACGCAGGAACCAACGGCCCCUGUGACACCAGGUUUCCUGUUUCAUAAAGCAGAACCCGACGAGUGUGAGAAACAACUGUAAUCUGGGCAUUAAUGCCUGUCGAUUUGACGGUGGAGGAGCAGAUGGAGAUCGAGCGGCUGAAGAUGCACAAGCAGGUUCUGCUGGAGGACAUCGAGAAACUGAAGAACCAGAUUGAAAACGUGAUGGCAGAUAUUCAGGAUUUCAAGUCGGCAGAAGACAAUAAGAUGCUGGAGAGGGAGAAGCGCUUCUGUAGUGGCAAGAAGAAGUUCAACAUGGAUCCUAAAAAGGGAAUCAAGUAUCUGGUGGACAACGAGCUUCUGGAGUGGAAACCAGAGCGAGUGGCAGAGUUCCUGUAUAAAGAGGAAGGACUGAAUAAGACGGCCAUCGGAGACUUCCUGGGAGAGAGGGAGGAGAUGCACCUGCAGAUUCUCAAGGCGUUUGUGGAUCUGCACGAGUUUUCGGAUCUCAACCUGGUCCAGGCGUUACGGCAGUUCCUGUGGAGUUUCCGUCUGCCGGGAGAAGCGCAGAAGAUCGACCGCAUGAUGGAGGCGUUCGCCACUCGUUACUGUAACUGCAACGUCAACGUCUUCCAGUCCACAGACACGUGUUACAUCCUUUCGUUUGCCAUCAUCAUGUUGAACACGAGUCUUCACAACCCCAGCGUGAAGGACAAGACCCCGCUGGAGAGAUUCAUUAGCAUGAACCGCGGGAUCAACAACGGAGAGGAUCUUCCCGACGACCUCCUGACGAAUCUGUUCAACAGCAUACGGAACGAACCCUUUAAAAUCCCAGAGGAUGAUGGGAAUGAUCUCACACACACCUUCUUCAACCCCGACCGCGAGGGCUGGCUGCUCAAACUGGGCGGGCGUGUGAAGACGUGGAAGAGGCGAUGGUUCAUCCUCACUGAUAACUGCCUGUAUUAUUUUGAAUACACCACAGACAAGGAGCCGCGCGGGAUCAUUCCUCUGGAGAAUCUGUGUGUGAAGGAAGUGCUCUUUCCCCGGAAGCCGUAUUGUUUAGAGCUGUAUAACCCCAACAGUCGAGGUCAGAAGAUCAAGGCGUGUAAAACGGAGACGGACGGGCGAGUGGUGGAGGGAAAACACCAGUCCUACAGCAUCUGUGCUUCUACAGCGGAGGAGAGAGACCAGUGGAUCGAGUCCAUCAGGGCCAGCAUUACAAAAGAUCCGUUCUAUGACCUCGUGUCCAUCAGGAAGAAGAAAGUCAUCAACAAAGUUCCAGAGAAAUGAUCAGGACUGAACACAACACACACACACACACACACACCAGAUCAGUGUUAUGCACACGCAGGGACACAUCUUCCUCUCCGGAAACCCCUCAAACACUCACUCCAGUCAGUAUUGAAGAGCUUCACAGUGAGUGCGGAGAAGCUCAGGUCAUUGCCUGACACACACACUCCGUUCAUACGGAGAUCUUUUCUGAGAGUGAGAUUACAGAGACUCUUCGAUGUUUCCGUCCACAGUUGCAAAUUUAACUUGUGAAGAAGAUUGGAAUAUCUUCUUCAUAUAAAGGGAUAAUUCAUAUAAUAUAUGAGUGUGUGUCUUGAUGACGCAGCAGAUUUGAUGGAUUGUUUCCUACACACACACACACACACACUCAGAACAAACACAUUUACUCUGAUUGUUUUGUAGAAAAUGUUUUUCAUGUAAAAUAUAUUUUGUAUAUAUUAUAUAUCCUAUAAAUGAUUAUAGGUGACGCAUUGUACAGUUGAUUAUUUAACCUCCUGAGACCCUGCGUGCACAUACGGGGACAUCACAUUUUUGGUUCUGUGCAGCAUAAUACUUAAUUCUGUGUGACUGGAACAUGUUUUUCACAAACGAGGACACUUACACUGCCAUCUGGUGGCGUCAGAAGAGAAAAAAAAUUAACAUAAAUAAUUUAAAGAUGGCAGAGAAAACAGGUCACAUGUCACGCAGCCACUCCAGACCAAAACUUCCACAAGGUAAACAAUCUAAUAACAUUUCAUUGUUGAUUCUUGUUAAGUUAUGCAUAAUAGUGUUGUAUGUUUGAAACGGCAUGCACAUUUGACAAAAUUUUGUAAAAAUAAAGAUUUACUAAGCUGCUAAAGUUGAUGUCCCCAUAUGUGGACAUUGGGACUAAGCUUCGUUGAAACUUGCAAAAAAAAUGAAAAUUUGUAGUUGCAUUGAGCUUCGUGGCAGGCUCACACACUCGAGCGCGCGCACACACACACUCAACGGGGCGGGGCUUCACUCACGAUCGCGCAUGCACACAUACACACACUUGCUCACUCGCACACACACACACACGCGCGCUCUCUCUCUCUCUCUCUCUCGCUCGCUCACUCACUCGCUAUCGCUUACACACACAUCACUCACUCGCGAUCGCGCGCACACACACACACAUACGCUCUCUCUUGCUCGAUAUCCACCGUGGUGGAGCUCUGAAAAUCAAAAAAUCCCCUGAAAAAGAUGGGCUGAUUUUUAGAAUUGCGCAUCCAAUGGUGCACCUCUCCUGGGCACGAAUAAAGCCCAUGGAGGGUUCAGGGGCAACAGUUACACAGUCUUUCACACCGGUUAAGUGUGAUCCACUGUUCCCACAGAUAAAAAGAACAUUUCUAGUUUGGAGAAGCAGAAAUUUUGGAGCAUUGCAAAAAAGAAAUCAAAUUUUCAAUUUGUUUUGGAUAUGUUUUUUUAUGUGGAUAUUAUAUAUUAUUAUGGAUAUUAUAUUUCAUUAUUAUAUUUAUUUUGUUUUUCCAUAUCAAUUUUCAGAAGUUAUGCAUGCAAGAGUAACAAUGAAAAAUGUUCAGGCACAAU